ACAUAAGAAGUCUGGAGCGUUGCGUUGCAAAGUCUGCAUUUAGAGGUGGUGUUGAAAGCAAAUGAUAAACAAGUUACUGAUUGGGUGGAUGAAGAAUACAUAUGCCGAGACACAUUGAACCUGUUUUUACUAUAUUCCUGUGAACUGAGAGAAGACUUAAAAUGGAUGGAAUAUUUCUUAGUUUUCUGAUUUUAUGGGCCACUGCUGUGAUCCCCACAACCUCAUUCAGAACAUUUGGAGAUUCUAGGCUGAUAGAUGAAGCUGUGAAGCAAUUUAACUUAAAGUCAACAGGAAUGAAAAACUUGUUUUACUUCUCGGAGCUGCACGAAAAAAAAGAGACGUAUGAUGGAAUCUUACGGCAUGUCCAAAUGAACUUCACUAUGAAAGAAACUGUUUGUCCAAAAGGUGAAGGAUACAAUAUUAAUUUCUGCCAGUUCAAGACAAACGGAAUGAAGAGAAUAUGCUUUGCUUGUUUCAAAAUCAGUGACCAUCAUGACUUCACAAAAUUUGUUUACUGUCGCAAGGAAAAGAAGACUGAUCUAGAAAGCAUAUGUAAACAACUUAAAGGUCCUGAAAUCUAUCUACCUGGAAUAGUGUCAGAAUUAAUAAUGGGACAUGGCUUUCAAGAUAUACCUGAAAAUGAAGGCUGGCGAACAUAACAAUUUAUGUACUUCGUUUGUCUACUUACCCUUCCAGUGCAAUUACUGUUCAGCCUAUAAAGAGAUCGUAUACAAAUCAUUUUGAAAUUCACUGUGCAGUAGUCUGAGAAAAUAAAUGAUUUAAACAAAAUAAAAUGUUUUAUCUCAU